CGCCAGUCUCUUCACAAGCACAUCGCCAUGGGCAAACAGAAGAAGAAAGGCCAGGCCGGCCAGGCAAAGAAUUAUAUCACCCGAACUCAAGCAGUGCGCAAGUUACAAAUCUCCCUGCCGGACUUUCGAAGACUCUGCAUCUUCAAAGGCAUCUAUCCUCGUGAACCACGCAACAUCAAGAAAGCCAACAAAUCAGCCACUCACUCCACGACCUUCUACUACACCAAAGACAUUCAAUAUCUUCUUCACGAGCCUCUCCUAGGCAAGUUCCGAGAACAAAAAGCCCUAGACAAGAAGAUAGCGAGAUCACUGGGUCGUAAUGAAGUCCAAGACGCAGUUCGCCUGCAAAAGCAUGGCAUGCCCAAGAUCAAGCUCGACCACAUUGUGCGAGAGAGAUACCCUACCUUCAUCGAUGCUUUGCGCGACCUCGACGAUGCCCUCUCCCUUCUCUUCUUGUUCGCCAACCUCCCUUCCACAACCACUGUCCCCGCCAAAGUCAUCUCCCGCUGCCAACGCCUCUGCCACGAAUUUGAGCACUAUCUUAUAACGACACACUCGCUCCGCAAAUCCUUCCUGUCCAUCAAGGGCAUAUACUAUCAGGCCACAAUCCAGGGCCAGGACAUCAUGUGGCUGGUCCCGUACAAAUUCGUCCAAAGAGUAACGCAAGACGUGGACUACAGGAUCAUGGGCACAUUCGUAGAGUUUUACUGCACUCUUCUCGGGUUCAUCAACUACCGCCUGUACACGUCGAUCGGCCUGGUCUACCCACCCAAAUUUGACGUUGCCAGCGACGAGCGAGGCGCGGAAUUGGCGGCCUUCACAUUAGAAGGGCGCGGUAUCACUGGAGCAACCGAGCAGCAGGACGAGCAAAGAACACUUACGAACGGCUACACGCCGAGUGCGAACACUGAAGAUGUGCAAGCGCAGAUCGACAAGGUCGCGCAGGACGCCGGCACUGACGAAGAGCCCAGAGUGGACGAGCAAGUCGAAGAUCAGGCCGAUGCCGGCACGAUCGACACGUUUACUCCUGCGGCACCUGAAGGCGACACACUGCCGCAGCCCGAUACGACUGGUGACGCUGCAGCAACGCUGUUCUCCAAUUGCACGUUCUUCAUUUCGCGAGAAGCACCCCGACAUCCCAUCGAGUUUCUGCUCCGAGCAUUUGGCUGCAAACGAGUCGGCUGGGACUCCGUGCUCGGCGAGGGCGCAUUCACUCACGAUGAGACCGACCCGAGAAUCACGCAUCAAAUCGUGGAUAGACCUGCACCCGCACAGCCAUUGCCCACUGUACGCGGGCAGGAGACAUCCACCAAUGACCAGAAUUUGCAAGUGGUCAAGCCAGGAUAUAUCAUGCCCGGUCGCAUCUACGUUCAGCCCCAAUGGGUAUGGGACUGUGUCAAUGAAGGUAAACUGCUUCGCGCGGAUACUUAUGCUCCCGGAGAGACACUGCCGCCCCACCUGAGUCCCUGGGUCAAGCCCACCGGCGGACAGUAUGAUCCUAGAGCGACGCUGGAGGAACAGGAGCUGGAAGGUGAAGCCGAUGAUGCUAUCGAGGAAGACGAAGCAGCGGAGAUGGAGGGUUCCGAAGAUGAGGAAGACGAUGAGGAUGUAUCCGAAGAUGAAGAUGAAGACGUAGAUGCCGGUGGCAUGGAUGUCGCGGAUUCCGUGGACGGAGACGAAGGCGAAGAUGAAUCCGAAGAAGUCGACGCAUUUGCAGGCUUUGGCGACGAUGGGGAGGCUUCGGAAACCUCCGACAUUGACGAAGAGGCCCAGCAUCAGAACGAGCUCGAAGCAGAGGCUUCAGGCCGACCUGUCCCUACCUCAACUACGAGCGCCAAACAAGACGCGCAGAAGGCGAAAGCCCGUCAAGCCCGUCAAACAGCUCAGGCUCAGAAAGACGAAGAAGUCGAGCGCCAGAAGAUGAUGAUGAGCAAUAAAAAGAGGAAACUGUAUGAGAAGAUGCAGCAUUCCAACGCCAAGCGUGACCUUGAGGCGGAGAAGUUGCGCGCGAAGAGAAGGAAGCUCGAGCGUGCUGGUCAGGCGAAGGCUUGAUUGCCGCCGUGAUCUGGAUAGAUGUCGACCAAGUAUUCGAUGUUUCUCGUGCAUAGCGAGGCGUUGGUGGAGGUUUUCUAGAAGAAAAAGUUAUGGUCCAUGUAACGAACCUGUCCAUAGAGUCAUUGGUGGAAGGCAUGACGCCGAAUACUCAUGGAAUGUGUACCAAUUGCUU